GAUCCAUGAAAAUGGUCAAGUGGUCAUAAAGUUACUGAUAGAAGUGUACGUUACGUCUGCACGAUAAUUAGCCAGCUAGACGGGACAACAGCAUAAUACACUUGCCGUGGUAGCAUUAGCUCCCAAAAUAGCUCUGAAAAUGGGGGCUACUGUACAAUCAGAAAAUGCUAGUUUGUAAGCUAGCUAGCUAUUUGCGAAUAUUUUCGGCCCUAGUGCAAUGAGGUACUGCCUUAAAUGUUGUUUACGGGAUGGAAAACGACAUCAUCUCAAAGUAGCGGAUCAAGAACACUCCAGGAUGUAGGUGUAGGUGUGUCAAAGACGAUCAUCAAGAGGAGGCUACAGCAGCAUAACUUCAGAGGGUUUACCACAAGGUGAUGUAGUUCAGAUGAUGCCAUGUGAAUACUAAGCAUCAUGAAACCAACACGCAGUAUGCUGUUUGCCGUGUGUCCCAUGCUGGUCCUCGGAUUCCUCUAUUACUCCUCUGGGAAGCUGCACUUGCAUGUAUGGGGCCAGAAGCCACAUAAACAUAAGGAAGCCACUGUCACCGAAGCAGGGAAUGCAAAGACAGAGCCCGAAGUGGAAACCGUAAUCUCCGUGGGACGAAUAGUAGGCUCAGCAAAACAAGGAUCACCUGGCACGUCUGUGGCAAUCACCAAGCAGCACCCACCCACUGUAUCUCGGGGCAGCCACAAACCGCACACUGUCCCUCGGAAGCCACACCCAGAGGACCAGAAGAAAGUGUAUGAUAAACUGGGGUUCUUGCUGAAGCUGGAUGGUAAACUGCCACCAGAGUUGGAGUACAAGUAUGGCAAUUUGAGCGAGGGAGUCUGUAAGCCCGGGUAUGUCGAUGCCAAGAUGACAAGCAUCUUUCCAAAGUUUGUGAAACCAGUCUCCAUGUUCUUGGACCAGAACUUCAAGCGGCUUAAAAACAUCAACAAUUAUUUACCUCCGUUUGGAUUCAGAACGCAAGAAAAUAUCAUAGAACUUAUAUUAGCGACCACAAAGAACUACGGGCUGAAUCCGGAACUGGACAGUCUGGCCUGUAAAAGAUGCGUCAUCGUGGGGAAUGGAGGGAUCCUCUCGAACAAGUCUUUGGGCUCCCGCAUCGAUGAGUAUGACAUCAUUGUGAGAUUAAAUGAAGCUCCAGUGGAAGGCUUCGUUAAAGACGUGGGCUCCAAAACCACCAUGCGGAUCACCUACCCCGAGGGCGCCAUCCAGAAUCCAUUGCGCUACGAGAAGGACUCCCUCUUCGUCUUCUCCGCCUUCAAGCCUCAGGACUUCAGGUGGCUCCGACAGAUGGUCUUCAAAGACAAUCUGAGGGGGGUUGACGGUUUCUGGAAGUCAGUGGCCCAUCAGGUCCCCAGGGAGCCCUCGGAGAUGCGCAUCCUGAACCCCUACUUCAUCCAGGAGGCUGCUUUCCGCUUCAUCGGCCUACCGCACAACAACGGCCUCAUGGGCAAAGGGAAUAUUCCAACACUGGGGGCCGUUGCCAUAACAAUGGCCCUCCAUAAUUGUGAUGAGGUAGCUGUGGCUGGAUUCGGCUAUGACAUGAGCACGCCUCACGCCCCACUGCACUACUACGAGAAGGUGAAGAUGUCUGCCAUUAAAGAGUCGUGGACACACAACAUUUCGAAAGAGAAGGAGUUUCUCCGCAAGCUGGUGAAGGCCGGGGUCAUAACAGACCUGACGAACGGAAUCUGAGCCCCUCCAGGGGUCUGGGGAUCUCACUUCCAGCGAACUGCAUAACGGCAAGAGAGCUGGGAGAACAAGCCGCAGAGAGAGCUCCCGAGCUGCCCUUUUCGGCUCUCCGGAGCCUCUCCCUCAACCAAAGUUCUGGAAGGGGACGGAAGGGCAGCCCCUUGGCAAGAUUCUCUUCAUCCAAAGGACCCCCCUGGCAAAGGCUUGAGGGCGUAGACUUCACCCUUUAUCUUUUAGCGUUUCAAUUUCUACAGGCAACGUGUGGGCGGCGUCGAUGGAGGAUACAAGUAAUCUUACGUGUGUCAUUUAGGCGGAGAGAAAAUGAAAACGACUGUUUGUGCCAAAUGUGCCUCCAGGGGAGGUGCUUGAAUGUAUUUACAAUGUAAACAUCGGAGAUUUAGAGUGCACUUAACGGUCUGCAUCCCCCCUGUACUGCUAUGUAGGAGUGUCUCCGUCCAGGCUACAGGUGUACAUAUUCUGCUCCUAUCUGGGAAGAAGGGUCAGGUGCAAUGUGAUUUUUUAAAUUUUUUAAUUUUAAUCUUCUUUUUCUUUGGCUAGUUUCUGGGUUUGAGAUAGUUGUGUACAUUGCAGUCCAUAAAAACGGGUAGAAACUGAUUUAUUUUCAUAUGCGUGUUUUUCCGAGCCCUCCUUGCCUUAAGUUUUAGCAUCCUUAAAGGCGUUUAGGAUGGCUUCCUCUACGUGCUUCCGAACAGCUCAUCUGGGUCAUUCUCCAGACUUGUUUAGCCAAUGGCUGAACUUCUUCCAAAAUGUCAAAAACAAAACAAAAAAAUAAGUUUGUUGGUUUUGUAAAAUAACUUAGCUAAGUCUCUGAACUCUCUACUUGUAAGGGGCCUUAACAGGUGAAGAUGAACUGUGCCUCCACCUAGUGGGAACGGUUUUGUCUGGUUUCAUAUAAGUUUCAUGGAGACGCUUAGCCACUGUAGAUACGGGUGCCACUCUUGUAUGUGGUAAAAGCUACACGUCUGAAGAGCCUCUAUCGCCUUCUCGUUGAGAACCAGAGGCAGUCUUCGUGGAACAUCCCACAACUACACUGAUCACACCCACAGCUGAGAGUCCCCACCCUCUCAAUCUCCAGCCGGGAUCUGCCGUUCUGCCGAGAGAGUGUGACUUGUAUUUGAUCCAUAGCCAAUGUCUGGCUGAUUUAUGAAUGCUCUGAGAAAAGCAAUAUUUCAUUGAAAUUAUGUUGAACAGGGAAGGUUGUGAGCAUAGUGGUGCAGUGGAUAGCACUGUCUCAGUCAAGGCAGGCAGGGGUUAACAGGGCGUAAACUGUGAAUCAGCACACGCGCCCAGUCAACCCACACUGUAUAAAUAAAGUUAAUUUAUAAAUAAAUUACACCAGCUUUAUUUUGCAUUUUCAUUUUUUUGACGAACAGAUGUACAGUAUGGCCUUUCAGUCAUUGUUAAUAAACAUCAUUGGCUCCUUU